AUGAUGCCACAGUGGUACGAUUAUAAAUUGGCGUGGGAUCCGGAAAAAUGGAACAAUAUCCGCAAAUUGCAUAUACCAUCGGAUCAAAUAUGGAUACCGGAUAUUCUGCUUUACAAUAACGCGGAUGGUGAGCCCCAUAUUACUGUUACGAGCGAUGCGCUAGUAUAUUACACUGGAGCAGUUAUAUGGAAGCCACCAAGUAUUUAUAAAUCGUUUUGCCCGAUUGAUAUCGAGUAUUUUCCAUAUGACAAGCAAUCUUGUUCAAUGAAAUUUGGUGGAUGGUCAUACAACGGGUUCCUCCUGGAUGUACGACAGCUCCCAUCACGGCCAACGGAUGUCAUUGAAACCCGCGAAGAUGAGAAAGGCAAAGAAUAUCAAUUUUUGGAAGUUGGAAUGGAUCUCUCUUCAUAUUACCCAAGCCUCGAGUGGGAUUUAAUGAGCGUAACGAGCAUGCGGCAUGAGCAGUUGUAUCCGGGUUGUUGUGGGCAAGAGUUUUAUAUCGAUAUUUCCUUUGACAUUUCGUUACGACGCAAGACUUUAUUUUAUACAGUCAAUCUUGUCAUUCCGUGCAUGCUCAUAGCAAUAUUAACGACCUUCGUUUUCUAUAUACCGGCUUGUGAACAUAAAGUCACAUUUUCUAUAUCUAUUCUGGUUACGCUUACCGUCUUCUAUCUUGUUCUCAUUGAACUUAUUCCACCAACAUCGUUGGUAAUACCGCUUAUCGGUAAAUAUCUUCUCUUUACAAUGUUUCUGGUCUCAGCGUCUAUUCUUCUUUCUGUUCUUACGGUGAAUUAUUAUAGAAGAAGUGGUACAACUCAUCCAAUGCCUUAUUGGAUGCGCCAGGUUUUCUUACGAACUCUUCCUAAAUAUUUGUUUAUUAAGCCACCUGAUGAAGACCUUCCAUCCGAAGAUGGUAGUAGCUUUUCAGGUUCCCGAGCUCCGGAAUCCCGCCGUGCAAGCCCAUAUUUUUUAUCCAUUGCACAAACAGUUGACGGAGAAAUACGGCUUUCUCAGCUUGCUCAACUUCGCGGAAUGCAUCCGGAUUUGAUCCGACGAAUGAUUGAUAAUGUUUCAUUUAUAUCAGAUCAUUUUCGAGCAAUGAAAAAAGAGGAUCGAAUUUCCGAAGAUUGGUCCUAUAUUGCAAUGGUCCUCGAUCGCAUGAUGUUAAUUCUCUUCAGUGCUGUGAAUUUCUUUGGUACCCUCUUAAUUCUUCUGCAGUCACCAGCAUUAUACGACAAUCGUCUGCCAAUGACCAUUUUACCAGCUAGCAAACCAUUAAGUGGCGAUACUUUUGAAUCUCUUGUGAACAGUUCAUUAAACUUUUAA